GAGUAUAAUUAGAGCCUACACGCAUUUACACUCGGGUUGAGAUUAUUUCAGAACUUUACACACAGUGUUUUAUAGUUUAAAUAAACCUGGAACAUCUGGCUCAAUCUGGCAACCCUGUCAUGUCCCCCAGCCUGAAACUGAACGCAGCGCACUGGAGCCGUUACGCAGUUUUAUAUACCGGCAAUCUAACCGAGCCGAGCCGGUGGUGUCACGUGACAGCAUAGCGCAAGAGCGCGAGAGGGUUGGGGAGAGAGAGAGAGAGAUGUUAGAAGAAGUGAUGAAGGGGCGGGGGUAGAGACUCUCUCUCUCUCUCUCUCUCUCUCCGUUGCAGUCCUUCCAGAGGAUGCGUCCAUCGGCCAUGCUCCAGUCGCGCGCGCCUCCUGCACCUUUCCAAUGGAAUUCCACGUGCCGCACGGAUUAACCCCCGUUCAGCUUGGAUGAUUCGCGUCAGGGACGUUCACGCGCUCCGGUGGCCAUGGCUCUCGUGAUGGACCCCAUCAGCAAAUGGAGCCCGAAGCAGGUGCUCCAGUGGAUGAGAGGACUGGACGACUGUUUGCUGCAGUAUGUGCGUGUGUUUGAAAGAGAGAGGAUUUCUGGCGAGCAGCUGCUGCACAUCACCCAUCAGGAACUCGAGGAGCUCGGAGUCACGCGCAUCGGCCAUCAGGAGCUCAUCCUCGAAGCAGUGGACCUGCUCUGUGCCCUGAACUAUGGUCUGGAGACGGAGAACCUGCGCUCUCUCUCCCAUAAACUCAACGCUUCAGCUAAAAACCUGCAGAACUUCAUCACGGGCCGGCGGCGCGGCGGUCACUACGAUGGCCGGGUGUGUCGACGGCUGCCCAACGACUUCCUCACAAGCGUGGUGGAUCUGAUCGGAGCCGCCAAGAACCUGCUGGCCUGGCUGGACAGGUCACCGUUUGUCAGUGUCACUGAGUAUUCAGUGCUGAAGAACAACAUUGUCCAACUCUGUCUCGAGUUAACCACCAUAGUGCAACAGGACUGUACCGUGUAUGAAACGGAGAAUAAAAUACUCCAUGUGUGUAAGACUCUGUCAGGAAUCUGUGAGCACAUCAUCUCUCUGUCGUCUGAUUCGUUGGUGUCGCAGUCCGCCCACCUGGAGGUCGUCCAUCUCACCAACGUCUUGCCCAACGAGGGUCUGGGCAUGUAUAUUAAAUCCACGUAUGACGGACUACACGUGAUCACCGGCACCACAGAGAACUCUCCCGCUGAUCUCUGUAAGAAGAUUCAUGCAGGUGAUGAGGUCAUUCAGGUCAACUACCAAACUGUGGUGGGAUGGCAGUUGAAGAACUUGGUGAAUUCUCUGCGUGAGGAUCCGAGUGGAGUCGUUCUCACGCUGAAGAAAAGACCCCAGAACACACUGAGCUCAGCGCCGGGCCUGCUCAAGAACACUCGCUGGAAACCCCUCGCACUGCAGCCCCUCUCCACCAGUCCGUGUAGCGAGUCUACCACGCCCCCCAGCACUCUGGGAGUCUCACCUGGUUUGGACACACCCUCAGGACAUGAUGUGUUUAUACUGUCCCCUGCAUAUGGACACAGGGACGAUGAGUUGGACCGGGCUGGUUUUGGUGUUUUCGGCUCUGAAGGGUUCUUCAUGGAUCAGGAGGCUUUAGUGGGACCUCACUUCCCCCUGCUGGACGAUGAAAUGGGCAGAAACGCUGGAUUACGACGCCGAGACCGAACCCCAACACGGGGUGACCCCCGGCAGGUGUCUCACGCGUCCGAGUGGCUCGCUGAGCCUCAGGAGUCUGGAGUUUACAAGCGAGGAAGCAGAGACUCGGACUCCUCCCUCAUGCGCUUCCUGAGCGACGACAGGAUGCUGGUCUUACAGGAAGAGGUGGAGUUUUCCCAGCGCGACACUAGCCGGCGGACCAGGAAGAAGAGCCGCAAUCCCAGCAGCCCCAGUUUUCCCAUCAGCCCCUCCAUGCUGGCCCCGCCCGUGCGGCUGGACUCAGGACCCCCGGAUGGGCUGCCCUUCUCUCUGCCCGAUACCAGCACUAUGCCACAUUACCAUAGAGCCACAGACACGCUGCGAGCCGACACUGACAGGUAUGCCGGUUCUGCUGGGGAUCGACAAGCAGGCGCAUCCAUGAGGAAGUCAGUGCAUUAUGCCUCCUUAAGGACCAAGACCAAGAAGAAAAGCAGAGGGUCUCAGAGUAACUCGAGCAGGAGGCGUAUUGCCUGUAAGGAUCUGGGACAUGGCGACUGUGAAGGCUGGCUGUGGAAGAAGAAGGACGCUUCAGGCUACUUCACCCAGAAAUGGAAGAAAUACUGGUUCGUCCUCAAGGACUCGGAUCUCUACUGGUACACCAACCAGAACGACGAGAAGGCAGAAGGCUUCAUCAGUCUGCCGGAGUUUCGGAUCGACAGAGCGAUCGAAUGCAGGAGGAAACAUGCCUUCAAGGCUUGCCAUCCUAAAAUUAAGAGCUUCUUUUUUGCAACGGAUCACCUGGAGGAGAUGAACAGGUGGAUGAAUCGUCUCGGCUUGGCUGCGAUUGGCUACACUCCGGAUGACCCAGUGCCCCGCCCAGAUGAAGAUUACUGGAGCGAGAGCGAUCAGGAGGAGAUCGAUGGAUCCAUGACGCUCAAACAGGAGUCGACUUACCACUGCAAUCCUGCCGCAAGCUCGUCCAGCGCGUUUGGCGAGCGCCAUUUCUCCAGCGGCUCCACCUUCUCACACUCAUCCGCCGAGGACUCGCACUCAUCCUGUCGCUCCACCCAUCGCGAGCGUGAGCGCCGCUCCUGGCAGGACCUGAUCGAGACCCCCGUGGGCUCUUCAGGGCUUCACUACCUCCAGACGGGCGCGGGAGGGGACGGACGUGUACCGAUCUCACCCGAGAGGUUGCGCCAGGCCACGCUGCCCGCCAGACGCCGACGCCCACCCCGAAACGACGGGCCGUUCCCGCUGACGGACAGCGAAGAGCCCCGCCCACGCGGCCACUCCCACAAACAGAGGAGUCAGAGCCUUCCGAGGCACCGCUCACACGGCACGCUGUGCCCUCGCACCCGGCUUCACGAGGAAGAGGAGGAGGAUGAGGAGGAGGAAAGUGUGUGUGAGGUCCGGCAGCGAGUGUGUGAGGCUCCGAAGCGUGUGUCUGAGGAAGCAGACCCACUGGAAGAGCUGUAUCGCUCUCUGGAGCAAGCGAGCGUGUCUGCGUUCGGACACCAGCGGCCCUCCACGCGCCAGGAGUUCCGCCGCUCGUUCGUCAAGCGCUGCAACGACCCGGCCACUAACGAAAAACUCCACCGCAUCCGCGCGCUCCGAUCCACGCUAAAGGCUAAAGAAGGAGACCUGGCUGUGAUUGGUCAGGUGCUGGAUGACCCCUGCCUGACCUCUCGCAAGUUCCGCGAGUGGAAGCAGAGGAACCAAGAGCUCUUCCUGGAUAUCUGCGAGUUUAGCUCCGCCCCUCUGGAACUGCCCUCUGAGCCCGGUGACCUUUCACCUCUGUCUCCGACACUGCUGAUGCACACACACUCCUUUAUAGAGACACACGUCUGAAACACACACGCACACACACACACACAUACACUCCAACAGACGCCUACAGACAUUCAGCGGUGUAUCUGCAACGAACUCGGAGGACAACACACACGUUGGCACAGAAGACGACGUGAAAAUGAAACACUGUGGCCCCUCCUCUUCCCUCUGAUUGGGUAUCUGACCUUUAACUGACAGCUGACUGAGCCACUGUUUUUGCAAAGACUCCAGAACGUGUCCUGGACAAACACACCGCUUCUUCUUCUUCUUCUUCUUUCGUCAGACAGCUUCACAGUCGUGUAUAUCACUGCUCACACACGGAUCUUCUCCACACCUUAAAGGAACAAUUUAGCCAGAAAUCAAACGUACACAAUGUCCCUCUUACAUCAGAAGUCGUCAAUCGACCGAAACGUGUUGAGUGUCUGAGGCUAAUGUAGCUAAUGUAGCUAACAAAUAAUAGAAGCUUGCUAAUCUGUCAGAUCCUGAACUCAUGGCAGCUUCUGAAUACAACUAGCCUACACUGUCUUCUUAAAAACAUAGCUAGCUAGCUAAGUAACUAAGGCUAACUAGCAAUUCAGCAAAUUAAAACUUAGCCGUAUAAGCUAGCUACAUACGUUGUAAGGUACAAUUACAUUAGCAAGGUGAUAAACACGCUAAUAAUCAGAAAAACGUUAGACACUUCAAAGCAGCAGUUUUUAAUCCACAAAAUCUGUGUCAUCAGCUUUCCAGAACUCUAGUGCAGAGAAGAGAAUUAUGGGAUUGACCACAUCAGGAAGAACACCCGCGACAAUUCCCUUAAAUUUGCCGAAGAUAAGCAGCUGCCUCCCAAACGUCCGCACUUGGUAGGGAACUCGGUCGGCAGCGUCAUAAUCCCCAUGAAAUAGAAUAAUCUUUAGGCCACGCCUCCUACCAGAUGAUAGCUUAAUGCUAGCUAUAAGUUUCCCUGAACUGUUAGCUACAUUAGCCUGUAAAGUAGCUUCAGAUACUUGGACUACGUUUGAUGUAAAUUGUGUAAAUUUGAUUUUUUUUUUUCCUUCCACCUUUCGAUUUAACGAACUUCUCCAUCCGUUCAUCUGCUCGUAUCAUCUCCAGGAUCUAAAGACGGCUUUAUUUUUUCUCGUCUCUUUUCCUGCUGGAGUUUUUUUUUUCGAUUGUUUUCUUGGGACUCGUUUGUUUGUUUACUCGUUUUUUCCCUUCCCUCGGGAUGCUGCAGGACGAGCGCUCAUGUAGCCAUGGGCAACGGGCUUCACUCUGUUACCAAGCAACACCGCCCUACUGUGUUAACUCUCAGAGCAUGCAAGAGUGUGUGUGUGAGUGUGUGAGUGUGUGUGUGUGUGUGUGAGUGUGUAUUUGAGAGAGAGACUUAGAGAAGACUGAUGAGACUGAUGCACUUCCUGUAGGAUCGCGAGCCUACGAUGCGUCUGUAAUCAAACUUGGGUUCUUUCGAAUAUUUAGAACAUAGCUGAACUCCUGCAUGGUUUAAAAGUUAUUAAUCUACGCCGAAUGAGCUGAUGAAGAGUCUGUAUAUAAGAGAAAUAUCCUUUGCCUAGCUGCAUCCUCUGUUCAAAACUGUGAACUUUUAAUUGUGAAUGCAAUCUUCUGGCACUGCAAAGACAGAAGCUUUCUAAUUUUCUUUUCUAAAAAAAAAAAAACACAAAAGACUAAAGCUUUGCUUCUCUGGUAUCCUGACU